UGGAGCAGCAGCAGCAGCGGGUGUGCAGCCAUGCUGGGCGUGUGGUCCUUGCUUUUGCUCUGGGGCCUGGCUACCCCGUGCGAGGGGCUGCUUGAGACUGUGGGCACACUCGCCCGGAUCGACAAGAAUGAACUCAUCAAAGCCAUCCAGAACUCGCUGGUCGGGGGGCCUAUUCUGCAGGAUGUGCUGGGCACAGUGACAUCGCUCAACCAAGGACUCCUGGGUUCCAAAGGGCUGCUUGGAGGAGGUGGCCUGCUGGGCUACGGAGGGAUUUUCGGUGUCGUGGAGAAGCUCUCUGGCCUGAAGAUUGAGGAGCUCACGCUGCCGAAAGUGUCACUGAAGCUGCUACCAGGGUUCGGGGUGCAGCUGACUCUUCACACCAAGGUCGGCCUGCAUGGCUCAGGCCCCCUGGGGGGCCUCCUGCAGCUGGCAGCUGAGGUGAACGUGUCCUCUCGGGUGGCCCUGGGAGUGAGCCCACGGGGGACGCCCAUCCUGCUUGAGCAGCGCUGGGUCCCAGACAGCUGCGUCAGCUCCCUGGAGCUGAGGGACCCUGUGGGGACUCCUGUCUUCAGAAGAGUCUUCCGAAGGGGGACUUUGGGCUCCUUAAGUUCCAGUGGCUCCAUCCUGCUCCUCUGGGAGUCCAGGAAGAGGUUGUCACCUGGUAGUGGCUCUGUGGGGCUGCUGCCUGCACCGCUCUUCGCAGUGGUGGAACAGACGCUGUUCGAGGUGCUGCCUGGAUUGCUGUGCCCCGUGGUUGACAGUGUUCUGGAUGUGAUAAAUGAGCUCCUGGGGGCCACACUUUGCCUUGUGCCCCUCGGUGGUCUGGGGGCUGUGGAAUUCACUCUGGCCACCCUGCCCCUCAUCUCCAACCAGUACAUAGAGCUGGACAUCAACCCCAUUGUGAAGAGUGUAGCCGGCGACAUCAUUGAUUUUCCCAAGCCCCACGUCCCGAUCAAGGUGCCCCCCAAGGAGGACCACACAUCCCAGGUGACUGUGCCGCUGUACCUCUUCAACACAGUGUUCGGAGUCUUGCAGACAAAUGGUGCCCUGGACACAGACAUCACCUCCGAGCUGGUUCCCAGCAACAUUCCGAUGACAACCUCAGGCCUGGCAGCUUUGGUCCCGGAGGCCCUGGGGAAGUUACCUCCAGGCCAGCAUCUCCUACUCUCACUGAGGGUGAAGGAAGCACCCACGGUCUUGCUGCAGAAAAAGAAGGCCACGGUCUCCAUCCCGGCUACCGUCCAUGUGCUGUCUUCUGUCCUGCAGGGGACCCCUGUAGCCCUCUUCCAGCUGAACGAGGUGCUGACUUUAAAUGCCCAGCUGGCUCCCUCGGCCACCAAGCUGCACCUCUCCCUGUCCCUGGAACGGCUCAGUGGCAAGCUGGCCUCCUCAGCACACACCUUUGAUGCAUCCCAUUUGGAAGAAUGGCUCAGCGAUGUACUCCGGGCUGCAUAUGUGCCAAAGCUUAAUGUGGACCUGGAGGUUGGAAUUCCCCUGCCUAAGAUUCUCAAUGUCAAUUUUGCCAAUUCAAAUCUGGACAUCAUCGAGAACGCCGUUGUGCUCACCGUGGCAUCCUGAGGCCCCCGUGGCUGCCUUCGCUCCCUGUUGCCUACCAGAGUCCUGGCUAUCUGCACACUGCCUCAGCUUCCUUCCCAGUUGCUAGCCUGUGUCGGUGACAGUACAAUGCCUCCUACCCACCCGGGCCCACCUUGCUCAGUGCCCUGCACCUCUGCCCCCAUCCGGGUGGGGAUUGUGGAGCCCCCGUGGGUCUGCUCACAGCUCUCCAGGCC